AUGUUGCUCACACUCCAGAAGCCAGCUAAAGCCGAUUUCGAAUACAAGCAUCCUCAUGAGUACUCACCACCACUACCUUACUCUUCAAGAUUCUCUCCAAAGCCGGCUGGCGGAAUCCUCAGGCCGCUCUCUGUCAGUGCCCGGAGAGAAUCACCUACCAGUAUGAGUAAUCCUCACCGAGGGCUGCCUCCCCCAGCAGCCAUGCAAUUAGCAGAUCCAGGGCGAGGACCACCACCAAUGCAAUUAGCAGACCCAGGACGCGGGCCACCACCGCCACCACCACCAUCAAUGCCUCAGUCACUAGGAUCGAUGCCUGCUCCACCACCGCAAUGGCAAGGUGCUGAGGAGCCAAUGAAGAACUGGCUGGCUGCCAAGGCCGAAGAGGAAAAGCGGAAGCAAGAAGAAGAGAAGACGAAGCAAGAGCGGUUGAGGUUAGAGCAGCGGCAGAUCGAACAGCAGAUGUUACGCGAUUCAUUCCAAGGUGGCGUUCCUCCGCACAUGGUGCCCGUUAUCUUCGCAGGCAUUGGUGGUGGCAAUCUGGCGAACAUGAGUAUGGAGUGGCUCCAGCAAUACAUGUCUCAGGUGCAAGGCACCGUACAGCCACAGCAAGUAUCUCAGGGACAGAUGUCACCAGAUGCGCGAAGAGAGCCACCCAGACUGCUCAAUCCACCCCCUCAUGGAAGUGUGUAUGGUUCACAGCAGAGUUUGCCCAUGGCGCCAGGCGUACAGGGCCAACCGCUUUCUGCAGUACCACCACCCCACGGAGGUUUUGCACAAUCAACGUACGCCCGUGGCAGCCAGUCGCCGCAAACACGAACACGAGCAUCGACCAUAUCGGGAGGCCAAACAGGAACGCUACAUUCAGCUCCGAGAGCACCCACGCAGUCCUCCCUGCCACGACUUACGACCAACGAAAUGCAAGUCCAGCAACCGCCUCCGUCGAGCAUGCAUCAGCAGCAGCAUCCACCGCAGCAACCGCCGCAGGAGCAGACCUCUUCGCCAUCCAUCUACUUUCACCACUGGGUGCCCCCUACGUCGCAGCCGUCUUCGAGCAGUCGAGACCCGCCUGCCACCCCUUCAGAUCACACGACGUCCCCGAAAAAGAGAAAGGCUCAGGGCCCUCACCCCUUUGUUCCUCCACCGACUUCCGCCCCUCAAUAUACCUCGCCGCCUUUCUCGCAUGACUCUUCGUCAGCGUCGACUCCUGCUCGCAGAGGCCACGUCCGAACUCGCAGCGACACCUCGACUCGUGCACUUGAAGCUGUUCGACCGCGCAGCCGUCACGGGAUGCACCCAGUCUACGGUUACGCAGAAGCGGAACGAGGUGGUAGUCGUGUUCCUGAACGCUACGAAAGCCGUCCUGCCCCUGAACGCUAUGAAAGUCGUCCUGGUCCUGAGCGCUUGGACGAGAGUCCUGCUCGUAGAGAGAGCGGGAAUAGAGAGGCUAGAGACAGCAGAGAGGGGUACAGAGCAUCACACACGUCGACUCCUGUGCGAGCUGGAUAUCCGCCGCCGCCGCCAACAACGACCAGGUCUCCGAAGCGAGAGGAGACUCAGUGA